CUCGUACAUGUCUUGGAAAAUGAUGCUGAGCACUUCAUCGUCUUGUUCCUCAGUAGACGCCGACGACGUUGAUGGCUCAUUUGCUGCACUUGACGGAGCAGCCGAUCUAAAGGCCUGGCUCCGGAGCGAUCCCGAGCCACCUGUAGUAUCAAGAUCAAGAUCAAGAGUCAGUGCUGAACGCAUAAACACCGCGUACUUCACCUUUGGAGCACUAGAGGUUGUGACGCACAGCCUGCCCUUCCACAGCAUACCCACAAGAAGAAAACAGAUGCCUCAGAGAACAGGAAUGGAUGGAGUUAUCAAGAGCGUUUGAAGCCAUGUGGAAUUUUCCACAUUCCAUCGGUACAUGUGAUGGGAAGCAUAUCGUGAUUCAGUGUCCUCAAAAUAGUGGUAGUACAUUCUUUAACUACAAGGGAACGUUCAGUAUUGUAUUAAUGGAAGUGGUUAACGCCAAGUACUGUUUCACUUAUGUUCACAUUGGAUGUCAAGGAAGAAUUUCAGACGGAGGUGUGUUUCGAGACACUACCUUCUGCAAAAGGUUAACUGAAAACCAGCUCUGCCUACCAUCUCCAGUGCCUCUACCAGGUAGGGAGAAGCCAUCACCUUACGUACUGGUUGCAGAUGAUGCCUUUCCAGUGCAAGUGAACAUCAUGAAUCCUUUUAGUGGCACACAUGAAAAAGGGUCACCUGAGAGAAUGUACAAUUACAGACUUAGCCGUGCUCGUAAGGUAGUAGAGAAUGCUUUUGGCUUGCUGGCAUCUGUUUUCCGAGUGUUUCGAAAGCCUAUGUUGAUAAAUGUGAAACAUGCUGAACUCGUUUCAACGGCGUGCGUGUACCUUCACAACUUCCUACAAAUGAGUGCAAUUUCUAGAUCCUUGUACUCGCCACAAGGAUCCUUUGAUAUGGAUACCCAAAAUGGAACAGUCAUUGAUGGCGCAUGGAGAGAAGUUGUAUCUGGAGACACAGGAAUGGUUGAUCUACAACGCAAACCACGAAGACCUUCGGUGAUGCUAAGGCUGUUGAAGGACUAAAACUGGAACACUGGAAGAAACGAGGACCUACAAAGCAGUAUAAAGCGUAAAAGAUCACAAGAAGAUGUGAUGUAUAGAAAUUUUUCCUAACUGGUGUCAUUCUAUGUGAAUUAUCGAACAGGAUCAUAAAUGGUAAUGGAAGCUUGUGAUUUUCGUACAAUGAAGAUUCAGCAGAAGACCUACUUCCUACUGGGAUGUGCAUUGUUCCUCUUGAUGGUCUACUGGUCUUCCCCUUAUGAGACUCAUCAUGCUUCUCUUAAAAUGGACCAACGUCCCAGCUUCGUCUUGAUCCUCACGGAUGACCAGGAUGUUGUGCUGGAAGGAAUGUGGCCCAUGCAGCACACCAAAAUGCUUGUAGCAGAACAAGGGCUCACCUUCACCAAUGCUUUUGUUGCAAGUCCCCUUUGUUGUCCGAGCAGGUCUAGCAUAUUGACAGGCCAAUAUGUCCACAAUCACUAUACCAUCAACAACUCUUUGAGUGGACAAUGCAAUGGACAACACUGGAGGGAUGGUCCAGAAAAGAAGACAUUUGCUGCUCACCUGCACUUUGCUGGAUACCAAACCUUCUAUGCUGGCAAGUAUCUCAACCAAUAUGGGCAUACUGCAGCAGGGGGUCUCAGUCAUGUGCCACCUGGUUGGGAUUGGUGGCUUGGGCUGAAGGGCAACUCACGGUACUACAAUUACUCUCUUUCUGUGAAUGGGUCAAAGGAAACCCAUGAUUCUCACCCAGAUAAGGACUACCUCACGAAAGUUAUCUGGCAGUAUGCUCUGGAUUUUUUGGCCCAGCUUUCAACUCAUCCCUUUCUUAUAGUACUGGCACCUCCAGCUCCCCAUGCUCCUUUCAUCCCAGAACCAAAGUAUGCCACUAAUUUCUCUUCCCUUAAGGCACCUCGGACUCCUAAUUUUAAUGUGAAGGUGACCAAGGAAAAACACUGGUUGCUGCGACAAGGAAAACAAAUCUUACCAGAUGAAGUAGUUGUGAAAAUAGACAGAGUGUUCCAAUCUCGAUUAUGCACACUCUUAACAGUAGAUGACAUGGUGAAAGAUGUGGUAGAGAAACUGAAAGCUCUUAGUCGUUUGGACAAUACUUUUGUCAUCUUCACUUCUGACAAUGGCUAUCACCUUGGCCAAUUUUCUCAGCCAUUAGAUAAGCGAGAACCUUAUGAAACAGAUAUACGAGUGCCUCUUGUAAUGCGUGGUCCUGAUCUUCCUAAAGGUCAUAUCCUUUCCUACCCUACGACCAAUAUUGAUUUAGCCCCAACACUCCUGGACUUAGCUAGUGUGCCUAUCCCAAAUUAUAUGGAUGGUACUUCACUGAAAUCUGUCCUUACAAACUCAAUGGCUAAUUAUGACCGAACUCAGAAUGAGGUCAGGAAGAUGGGCAGACAUAACCCCAAGCAGUUGCGACGAACAGUCCUAGUGGAGCACAAUGGAGAGGGUACUGUAAAGCAUCCAGGCUGUGAGAACCUUUCAUCAGGUGUCAGUGGCUGCAACCCAGACUUUGCUUGCAAAUGUGAGGACUCUUGGAACAACACCUAUGCUUGUUUGCGUCAGCUGAGCUCUCAUGAAGAUCGCCUUUUCUGUCAGUGGGCUGAUGAUGAAGAUUUUGAGGAAGUUUAUGACUUGACUAGGGAUCCUUGGCAGUUAAAUAAUACUAUUGCCUAUCUUCCUCCAGGUCUUCAUAAAAAGCUUCACAACCUUCUUCAUAAUCUCCAGCAUUGUCAAGGCCUACGUUGCUCAGAUUUAGCUGGCUUUGUGGUGUAGAUAAAUUGUUAUAAAUA